AAAUAGAGUUUUGUCCUGCGUGAUAUCUCCGCAGUAAGGCCAAAUUUCACCGUACGACGCACAGGUUCGAGUAUGGUUUAGAGUACGCCGGCCACCUGCUACCUUCCAUCAUCAAUCACAGACAGUUGAGAUGAGCUAUGAAAAUGGGAGCUUAAAAUGCUCUUGGGAUCUUGACCGUCUGUUAGCGAGGACCGUCGGUGGAUAACCGGAACGCACAUUCUCUUGUAACCAUGACCGACUUUGCCAGCGAAGCUCGUGAAUAGUUGCGCUUAUGAGGUUCAAGCAUAGCGCAUAAUUCCUUUAUUCGGUUUUGGAGUUAGAGAGAGAAUUAGAAACCCUGGUUUUUCUGGCCAUUUUGGAGAGAGAAAUCAGUUUUAGAGUUAGAGAGAGAAUUAGAACCGUGGUGUUUCUGGCCAUUUUAGAGAGAGAGAAAGCGAGAGAGAGAGACAGAAAGAGGAGUGAAGAGUGCCCGUCAUGACGCGAGACAGAGAGCCAUGCCACAAAGAGGCGUGUGACAUUCAAGCUUGUCUCACCAAGAACAAUUUCAAUUCUCAAAGAUGUUUGAAAGUAAUCGAAUUGCUGCAAACAUGCUGCGAGAAAUGCAAAUACAGUUCAACGCAUUGCGGAUCCUUGUCAGGUGUGCUCAAGACAAGUACAAGGUGAACACAACAUUUAUGGUGAGCUUCGAUCUCGGAAAUAUGCACCAUUUAAUUAGUUUUCAAAGUAAUAGAGAAUGUGCUAUUAUGGUACAGAGAUAAAUGGAAAAUGUGCUAUCAUACCAGAAUUGCUAACCUGGCAUUGAAGCUACGUGAGGUGUUACUCUUUUUUGAGUGGGCAACACACGAUACCGUUCUAAUCCCAUUAUGGUUAGAUUUGUGAGCAUAAAAGGAAAUUUAAAUAGUGCUGAUA